GCAGAGAGCAGCCAUGUCUGGCAGAGGCAAGGGCGGGAAGGGGCUGGGCAAGGGGGGCGCCAAGCGCCACCGCAAGGUGCUGCGCGACAACAUCCAGGGCAUCACCAAGCCGGCCAUCCGCCGCCUGGCUCGGCGCGGCGGCGUCAAGCGCAUCUCGGGGCUGAUCUACGAGGAGACGCGCGGCGUCCUCAAGGUCUUCCUGGAGAACGUCAUCCGCGACGCCGUCACCUACACCGAGCACGCCAAGAGGAAGACGGUGACGGCCAUGGACGUGGUCUACGCCCUCAAGCGACAGGGACGCACCCUCUACGGCUUCGGCGGCUAAAGCCUUGAUCGCCUGCCACCCCCGGACUAUCCAUCUCGAGAACCCAAAGGCUCUUUUAAGAGCCACCCACUUUUUCUUUGUAAGGAGCUGUGUCGCUUUGUGUGAUUCUAUGUUGUUAUUACCGUAAGCGGCUUCUUUUCUGUAUGGUCUCGGUCUCCCUAUCACCAACCCCAGCCCCUGUUACGGAGCUACAGCCGGACUGAUGAGCCGUUUAGGCUCUGGGCUCCUCUCUAGCGCCCUGUUGCUGCAUCAUUACCCCUCCCAGUGCUGUCUCUUUUCUCCCCGGCAGCCGCUUUGAGAAAAGCUUUCUGAGACACGAGCUAUUUCUCGACUUUCCCCGGGGAGUUUUACUGAUGCCACAAAGUCCUGGAAAGUGCUGGGGCAGCAGGUGCCAGUCCCGUGUCCCCAUUUAGGGACCCGCGGGCCGGGGAACAGAUCCCCUGCAACAACAAAAUAAAAACAACAAUAAAAAAGGCAAAAACCUA